GCACCAUAUAACAAAAUUGUAUGCUAAAUUCGACCGAUCUAAAUGUAAUAUGUUUUGCUUAUGCAAUUUAGACAAAAAAUUUAAUUUAGGGGCUAGAAACGCUAUAUAUUUUGUUAAAAGGAAUGGAAGUGUCAUUAUAAAAAGAAUAGGCAUCUGAUAUGUCCGGAGGCCAGACCAUGAGGAGCUAAAGGAGAAGACAAAAUUAAGGUGACGAUUAAGGAAAACGGCUCUUUUGUCUGUGUGCUACAUUUUGAGCGGCAGUGUGAGCAGAGAACCGUUGACCAUUCUCAAAAGCGAUAAAAUCAAAGCCGAAGUCAAAAACUCACAGCGCCUCCAUCGCCAAAUGCUCAUUCGCACCAACGUUUCAGUGCGCCUGAAUUGAUUUUCGAAGAAGAAGAAGAAGAAGAAGAGAAGCUGAGGAGAAGCCUUAUCGAGAAGAGGAGAAAUGGAGUUCGCGGAGCUAAGAGACGCGAUAGACAAGCUACCGCUGGUGGACGGUCACGCACACAACAUCGUCGCGCUCGAUUCCUCGUUUCCGUUCGUCAAUGCCUUCACCGAAGCCACCGGCGAGGCCUUGUCCUUCGCUUCUCACUCCCUUGCCUUCAAGAGAAGUUUGAGAGAAAUUGCCGAGUUAUAUGGAUGUGAAAAUUCCUUAAAAGCAGUUGAAGAGCAUCGGAGGUCGUUAGGAUUGGAAUCCAUUGCAUCUGCUUGCUUCAAGGCAACAGGAAUCUCUGCCGUACUCAUCGAUGACGGCUUGAAGCUGCACAAGAAGCACGAGAUUGAUUGGCACAAGAGUUAUUUUCCAUAUGUAGGCAGAAUAUUGAGAGUUGAACGAUUGGCAGAGGAAAUUCUGGAAAGUGAGAUUCCUAAUGGAUCAGCCUGGACGUUGGACACAUUCACUAAAGCCUUUUUAAGUUCCUUACAGACUGCUACAGUUGCAAAGGAGAUACUUGGUUUGAAAAGCAUAGCUGCAUACCGCAGUGGUCUAGACAUCAACCCAAAUGUGACUAGCAAAGACGCGGAGGAAGGUCUUGCUGAAGCAUUAUCUUCUGGGAAGCCUGUUCGCCUAGCGAAUAAAAACAUCAUAGACUACAUUUUUGUUCGGAGCUUGGAGGUUGCUUUGUCAUUUGACUUACCCGUACAGAUACAUACAGGUUUUGGGGACAAAGACUUGGAUUUACGUUUGGCCAAUCCCCUCCACCUGCGAGCAGUCCUAGAGGAUGAGAAAUUUUCCCAGAGUCGUCUUGUCAUUUUGCAUGCAUCAUACCCAUUUUCAAAGGAAGCCUCAUAUUUAGCCUCUGUUUAUCCACAGGUUUUUCUAGACUUUGGACUUGCAGUUCCUAAACUUAGCGUUCAUGGGAUGCAAUCUUCAGUCAAAGAGCUUCUGGAGCUAGCUCCAAUAAAGAAGGUUAUGUUCAGCACCGAUGGCUAUGCUUUUCCUGAAACUUACUAUUUAGGAGCCAAAAAAGCACGUGAAUGUGUUUUAUCUGUUCUACAAGAUGCAUGUCGGGAUGGUGAUCUAACAGUGGCUGAAGCAGUUGAAGCUGCUAGAGAUAUAUUUUCCCAAAAUGCUAUUCAACUUUACAAGAUCAAUUUCGAUUCAGAUGCUAUUCAAUCAAGGAAAGUUUUCCCUACCAACUCUUUGAAGUUAGAUGACGAAGUGCCUGCAACGGGCGUAUCUUUUGUUCGUGUCAUUUGGGUUGAUGCAUCCGGGCAGCACAGAUGCCGCGUUGUCCCUGCAAAGCGCUUCAAUGACGUUGUGAAGAAUAAUGGUGUUGGCUUGACUUUUGCAUGUAUGGGAAUGGCUUCAUAUAUUGAUGCACCCGCGGAUGGCUCUAAUCUUACUGGCACGGGGGAGAUAAGAUUAAUGCCUGAACUCUCAACUAAAAGGAAGAUUCCAUGGCUGGAAAAAGAGGAAAUGGUUUUGGCUGACAUGCAUCUCAAGCCUGGUCAACCAUGGGAGUAUUGCCCAAGGGAGGCUUUAAGGAGGCUCUCAAAAGUUCUAAAAGAUGAAUUUAAUUUGGUUGUGAAUGCAGGAUUCGAAAAUGAGUUUGUCGUCCUAAAGAGCGUUUCAAGAGACGGGAAAGAAGAAUGGGUACCACUUGAAUCAACAGCUUACUGCUCCACCGCAGGAUUCGAUGGUGCUUCCCCCAUAUUACAUGAUGUUGUUGCUGCUCUCGAUUCCCUAAACAUUCCAGUAGAACAGUUGCAUAAGGAAUCUGGAAAAGGUCAACUGGAGAUAGCCUUGGCCCAUUCAACUUGUUCAAAUGCUGCUGACAACUUGAUCUAUGCCCGUGAAGUCAUUAGGUCCGUUGCUAGAAAGCAUGGACUCAUGGCCACCUUUGUCCCAAAGUAUGCACUAGAUGACAUUGGCUCCGGGUCGCAUGUGCACAUCAGUUUAUCGCAGAAUGGAGAGAACGUAUUCAUGGGGACCAACGACGGUUCGUCUAAGCAUGGAAUGUCUAGAAUUGGGAGGGGUUUCAUGGCAGGAGUUCUGCAUCACCUGCCUUCCAUCUUAGCCUUUACUGCCCCAGUGCCAAACAGUUACGACCGGAUACAACCGAACACAUGGAGUGGAGCAUAUCAAUGCUGGGGGAAAGAAAACAGAGAAGCUCCAUUGCGUACUGCCUGUCCACCUGGCAUCUCGGAUGGCCUGGUCAGCAACUUCGAGAUCAAAUCUUUUGAUGGAUGCGCCAAUCCACACUUGGGCUUGGCUGCAAUCAUAGCAGCUGGCAUCGACGGCCUCAGGAGGCAUUUCGAGUUGCCGGAACCCAUUGAGACGAACCCUUUUCUCUUCGAAGGGAAGCUUAAACGACUGCCACAAUCUCUCACCGAAUCUCUGGAAGCUCUCCAGAAGGACAAGAUCUUCGAUGAUCUGAUCGGGCAAAACCUUUUGGUUGCCAUUAAAGCAGUUCGCAAGGCCGAAAUCGACCACUACUCCAAGAACAAGGACGCCUACAAGCAAAUGAUAUUCCGUUACUAGUCAUCAUAUCAGUAAAUCUUGUUUGACAGUCUGGUGAAAAAGAAUCAUUUCCUACCAUCAAAGGUAAUAAACUAGGCCCGUAAGAACCUCCGUAACAACACGAGGAUAUUUUGUGUAUGAAAGACAGGACUGAUUUCACAUUGUGCUCCAUUCAUGAUUUGCAUUUCUAACACAGCCUAGGAAGGUUGUUGCAGAAAGGGAUGGUAAGACAGUUCUGUUAGUUUAACUGACCAGCAAUGGUUCGGUUUCGGUUUGAGAAAACCUGAAAGCGUUUAGAAUCAACCAUAAUCAUUUAUGGGGAGGUUUAACAUAACAUAAACAAUUAGGGAAGCUCUAGCUUUGGCUUGCUCGUCAAGUUUCUAUAGAGACUAUUUCCAAAUUAUCUGCAUAAAUUAUGACAGAGUGC